ACAACCUUCACCUCCAUCCAAAGGCUCAUAUUCACCCAAUAGGCCCCCCAAAACCGGUAUAUUUAUCUGACCCACAUUGCUUCUCUUCUCCAUUCCCUCCACCACACCUUUUGACUGAUCAUUGAGGUGAGCUGAGCAGAGAUGGCUUCUCUGAACGUGUUAUUCUCUCCGGCAGCCACCCCCAGAAGAGUGUUUGCGGCGUCCGCGGCAAAGAGCUCCGUAGGAAGCAGUGAGGAGAAAGGGCUCUGGGACUGGAUCAUUGGGGGCUUACAGAAGGAAGACCAGCUGCUGGAGACUGACCCAAUCCUCAAGAAGGUGGAGGACAAGAGUGGCGGCACCACCGGCCGGAAGAAUUCCGUGGCGGUUCCACAGCCCAAGAAGAACGGAGGCGGGUUCGGUGGUUUCGGAGGCCUCUUCGCCAAGAAAUGAUCAGUCUACUCUCUCUGUCAAAUACAGUUUGUAUUGUGUUUCCUUCUCUGCAAUUUACACACUCUUCUCCACACUGCAUUAUAUCUAACCAUUCUUCAUACAUUUCGAAUCUGCUGCAAAGUAAUCUAUUACCUUCAAAUAUUUGGUUAGUUGAUA